AUGGAGAAGAUUUCUGCAGCUUCAGCCAUGGAAUGGAGCAUUGAGCUUGACAAGGGCCUUCGUUCGAGGAAGCCUGGUCAAGCUGUCAAGGUCAUACAACAAACCGGAGUCAGGCUCCAGCAGUGGGAUCAGGAACCUGAACCCACAAAGGCAGCGCAUAAGAUAUUUGACUUGGUUGCUGGGGAGGAGAGGUUCUUUCUCAACUGUAUUCUUUUGAAGCUUGCUGAUGCCUUCAGGUCAGGCGACAAAGAUAUAAGGGUUUCUAUUGUUAAGGUAUUUCUAUCACUGUUCAAGAUGAAAAGGAAAACUAAGCGCCAGCACAGGGUUAUGUCAAAAGCCAAGAUGUGCAAUCCCUUGGAACUUCUUAAGAGAGUGAAGAUUGUUUUUGAUACUGGCGAUUUAGAGUCAAGAGUUCUGGCUUUGGUCCUCUUUGGUAGCUGGGCUGAAUUUUCCAGGGAUAAUGCUCAUAUCAGAUAUAUAAUACUCUCAAGCUUGGUCUCGUCGGAUGUGAUGGAGGUAAAAGCAUCUUUGUUUGCUGCAGGUUGCUUUUGUAAAUUUGCAGAUGACUUUGCUCCUGUUGUCUUAGAAAUGCUGCCUCGUAUAGUGGCUUCAUCUGAGCUAUCAUCAACUUUGAGAGCAGCUGGAGCAAAUGUCUUUGCUGAAAUGGGAUACUUUUCACCUAAUGCAAUUAAUGGAUACAAGAUGGGUCUGAAGCUGCUGCUAAACUCUUCAGAUGAGGAUUUAUCAGUCUCCUUGCUACUUUCGCUCUCAAAACUGGCUUAUAAAUCAAGCAGUAUUCUACCUGAUCAGGUAGAAGUGCUUUUGUCAUUUCUUAGCCAAGAGAAACCUCUACACCAGCAAUCAACAGCCUUAAGGUGCCUUCGACUUUUAUCAUCUCCAGUUUGUUCCCAUCCUGUUGGCCUCGUAACCGUCAAACCCUUACUGAGGAUUGUGCAUGAUACUAAACUGCCCAUAUCUAUGCAAUGCCACGCACUACAGAUUCUGCAUAAGAUGUUUAUGUACCAAGAGAUGCACAUGCCUGGUGAUGUGAUGCGUGAAUUUUGUAAAGUUUCCACCAUUUUGGAUAAUGCAAACCAGUCACAUAUAGAGUCCAACCGUGUUCUAGUCAUCUCUGUCCUAGCAGAUGUGCUCAUUAAGAAUAGCAGAAAGACUGGCACAGAGCUUGAUGGCAACUGUGAUUCUUUUCCUUCCCUGACAUGGAUCAUCUCGACAAUUAUCGGUCAGAUCAUCUCACUGGUGAAGCAGUUGUUGGAUAGUAAUCAGUCCUGGGAUGGAGCACUUCCAGAAGUACUAAGGUUGCUUGUUCUUCUUCUUUUUGUAACUGGAGAACAUCUUGAUCAGGGAGUCAUUGUACUGGAUAGAAUUAGAUUGGUAAUUGAUUAUCUUGUGAACCACUUGCCCGAGAAGGCUAUUGAUUCAACAGUAACUGCUCCUCCACCUGGUCAGGAGAUAGAUCAUUUUAGAGCUAAGAACUUCGGCACUAGUCUGAAGAUCGCCAAUAAAAUUCACAAAUUCUCAGUAGCGUGCAUUCAGAAUCUCAUUGAACUUGGUGCCAAUGCUGCUGAAGUACUAGACAAAGUAAAGAUGUUGGUUGAUUGUGUACACAGGUGCAGUUUAUUUGGUUCCUAUGUGCAGGCAGUUUACUCUAUACAGGUGCACUCUUCAGUGUUUUGGGGUUGUGCUGUCAACAAAAACAAACAAGGUUGUAGUCCAAAUAGGCAGUUGGGGGAUUCGGAUUGUGAUCUCUUGAUUAAGCAUGAAAUUUUUACCCUUGAGUGUGUCUUGGAGAUGUUGAGAGAGAAGAGUUUCUGGCAGUUGUACACGACUGGAAAAUUCGCAGCAGGUCAAGGAGCAUGGGUCACAGCUAAAUUUAUAUUUGAGCAAAUAGCAAGCAAGGUUCGAUCAGAAUCCCCCUCUUGCUGGUUAAAAUCACUAGCUCAGCAUGCCCAAUGUGAGAUGAGAAUUCAGUUGUUUCUCUUACCAAAACUAAGGUGCAGUUUAGCAGAGUGGUCACUAACAAAAGAGAUCCCAAUUCUCUCUUUCCGGAACAUCUCUUGUGGCAAUGUUGAUCAGGGCAUUUCUGUUCAAGUCCGUGGGGAAAGUUAUGGUGAAGUGCUUGUAGGAGCUCACAACAGUAUACGUUCUUCUGUGGAAACUCUGGAUUGUGUUGUCAAGUUUGGCAAUUCAUUUUAUUUCCAGAGAUGGUUUUUGGCGUUGAGAAUGAAGGUCCUUAUAACUGUAUAUGAUGUACUCAAUGUGUUAGGUUCUGGCGGUAGUGGACAUGCUGAAGGAAGUUUAGCACAUGGUCUCACUUCUGUACAACAAAUUACGCAAUGUUCAUUUCGUUUGACGAGACUAGCAAAAGAACUGGAUCUACUCUGCAUUUCUUUCAUUAACAUGGACACCAAAAGUUCAAACAUCAUCUCAGCCCUUGCUUUGAGUUGUUCACUGUUGGCUUUCACUACCGGGACAGCUGCUUCUUUUGCAACUGUGCAUGCAAAAGACAAUAGCAAUUUGCAUCUCAAUAGAAUGUCGAUAGAAGACUUGGCUGGUCGAUUGUGGAUCAUAGAUCCCGACACCUGUUCUAUUCUGUUCCAACUGUUGGAUGCCAGUCUGGGUAUAGACCAUCCUCAUGUCCAGCCUAGGAAUCAGAAGCUGGAAAGUGGUGAAGUAAGAGAUAUCACCAGCAUCUGUCAAGAUGUUGUUUCUCGUGUGAAUGAAUUUCGAAACAAGUUAAAAAAACCAGUUGAUAAUCUGGAAGCUCUUCUCAAAGUUACUGUAGAAAGCUUCCAGCUUCUGUUGAAUACUAUUGUCAAAUGGCUCCAAAUUCCUUUCAAGCUCCCUAUGUAUUUCUUCAAAACAAGGCCUUGCCUUGUCUCGGAGCUCUUCACCUCCAAUGCUGAUGCCACCAACCAAAAUGAGUUGAUAGUCCAGCCAGGAUGCGAUCUCUCUCUUAGCCUAUGCAUCCAACUUAAGAAUGUGGCAGAUCUCCCCACUCCCAUAACGAAGCUAUAUUGCAUACUCUAUUCCAGCACAUCUUUCGCAGAGUCCAGUCUAACCAGGAGAGGAACCAAGACGGGGCAAAUCCAGCAGGUGGACUUCAAAGACUGGCACAUCGACGACAUGGUGCAGGCUAAUGAGAAACUCUUCCGUCACAUGAGAGUCCGUGCUAACAAGACUACUGAUAGGGGCCGCAAACGUCCCAGGGUUGAGGAAGGGGUUGUUCAGUUUGAGGUGAACAACAGGGGGCAGGGGUUUUCAAGUUGCGUGCUUGGUGUAUCUGGUUUUCUGGAGGGCUGCUACCGGAUCAAGUGGCACAGCUGUUGUGUUGAUGGUAGAGGUCGGUAUUGGAGCAUCCUUCCUUCGAAUUCUGGACCUGUAUUUACUGUGUGCAGGAGCUGA